AUGGCGCCGAAACCUUCGUCCUCUAGAUCAUGGGAUGGCAUCAAACCUCCAUUGUCGCAAUGGGCAUUGGAUGCCGUGUCCUCCAUGGGCUUUACACGAAUGACCCCAGUCCAAGCCUCCGCAAUCCCUCUGUUUAUGACACAUAAGGAUGUUGUCGUUGAAGCAGUCACAGGCAGUGGAAAGACACUUUCCUUUCUGGUGCCAGUGGUGGAGAAGCUUCUGCGCCUUGAUGAGCCCCUCAAGAAGCACCAUAUUGGUGCUAUCAUCAUCUCCCCGACAAGAGAACUGGCUACACAAAUUUACCAAGUCUUACUUUCAUUAUUGGAAUUCCACCCGCCGUCCGCCGCAGCGAUUCACCCCCCGGAAGAAGGCGCACCGAAGACCAAGUCCUCUUCCUCUACCUUGAAAGUCGUCCCACAACUUCUCUUGGGUGGCUCAACAACACCGGCUGAAGAUCUCAGUUCUUUCCUCAAGCGAUCGCCCAAUGUGCUAGUUUCUACUCCCGGAAGACUUUUGGAGCUGCUUUCUUCCCCGCAUGUUCACUGCCCUCAGUCCUCGUUCGAAAUGCUUGUGCUCGAUGAAGCCGAUAGGCUUUUGGAUCUUGGAUUCAAGGAUGAUCUCCAAAGGAUUCUGCAACACCUUCCUAAACAGCGGAGAACUGGAUUAUUCAGUGCCAGUAUUAGUGAAGCUGUGGAUCAAAUUGUCCGCCUGGGACUUCGGAAUCCAGUUAAAAUUGCUGUCAAGGUCAAAGGAGGAGGCGGAGCUGAGGACAAGCGUACUCCUGCCAGUCUGCAGAUGACCUACCUCACAACACCCCCGGCUCACAAGUUUUCAGUGCUCAAGCAAAUCUUGAAAACCGUUCAACCGACGCCCCAAAAGACUAUCUUCUUUGUAUCAACAUGCUCUAGUGUGGAUUAUUUGGCCAUGAUCCUACCAAUCGUACUGGGAGACGACUUCCUCCUAGUCCCACUUCAUGGCAAACACGCUUCCAACGUCCGCCAAAAGAACUUCACCCGCUUCACCACCUCUUCAAACCCUUCGGUCCUCCUAACUACUGAUGUUGCCUCCCGUGGCCUAGAUAUUCCAUCCGUCGAUCUAGUUGUUCAGAUCGACCCGCCUUCAGACCCCAAAACCUUCAUUCAUCGGUGUGGCCGAGCAGGUCGCGCCGGACGAAGAGGUCUUAGCAUCGUGCUUCUGCAUCCCGGCCGAGAGGAAGAUUAUGUCUCGUUCUUGGAAGUGCGCAAGACUCCAGUCGCCCCCUUCAACCUCCCAACACCUAGCUCCGAUGUGGAUGCCGCAGUGGCUACUCAGUCCAUUCGGAAAGCUCUUCUCAAAGACCGUGCUAUUCACGACAAGGCUCAAAAGGCUUUUGUCAGUUGGCUUCGCAGUUACAGCAAGCAUCAAGCCAGCAGUAUCUUCCGCGUGCCAGAUCUCGACUGGGAAGCCUUGGGUAAAGCUUGGGGACUUCUUCGCCUACCCACAAUGCCAGAGCUGCGCAAAUUUGAGGGAGAUCGGACAUUGGGCGUGAGCAAUGACUGGGAUAACUACGCCUACAAAGACAAGCAGCAAGAGAAGCGACGCAAGGAGAAGGCCCUAGAAACCGAGGAAGAGAAGAAGAAGGGCCUGCAGGCGUCAAAGAAGCGAGUUGCCACUGAGAGUGCGGCUUGGAGUCAAAAUUCAGAAAAUAGGGAGAAGAGGCUCAAGCGGAAGGAGUCCAAGCAGGCACAGAAGGAGAGUGAAAAGUGGGAGCUAUUGCCCGAGGAUGAGAAGAAGAAGGUUCUUGAGACGAAGCAAAUGGUGGAGUCCAUUCGGGUCAAGAACGAGGAACGGCGGCGGGAGCAGCUCGCAUUACAGCUCUCCGGUGGCAACCCAGCUUCAAAGGAUGAUGAUGACUUUGAAGGCUUCGAUUAG